CCCCCCCCGUUGGGUGACGCGGGGGGGGGGGGUGGGCCCAAACGCCUGGGUCCCCUGGCUGUAUCUGAGCACUGGGAUUAUCCCCUCCCCCUAAUCUGGGGGGAUUAGGGACCCCCCCCCACCACCCUCCAUAAGUUAUUAAUGGCCGAUUUAAUUGGAGGGGGGGGGCAGAGGAUCAUGGGAGUUCAGUCAAGCUGGCCAGAGGGUGACCAGGCGUUCGGGGGGGGGAAGCCCAGGCAUCCGGGCCCUCCCUUCUCCCCCUCCACCCAACAUCUGGAGGGGACCCAGGCGUUCAGGAGGGACCCAGGCAUCCAGGAAGGACCCAGGCGUUUGGGAGCAACCACCCAGGUGAGGGGGACAGGAGGGCCCCAGGUGUCCAGGCCCCCCAAAUCCCCACCCUAUGGGGUGCUGGGGACCCCUAAGCCUCUCCCUCUGCCCCAUAGGAUGCUGCAGCCCCCUCGCCCUAUAGUUGGGCAAGGACCACCAAAGCCCCAUCCCAAAGGGUGCCACUCCUGCCCCCCACAUAGCCCGUAGGGUGCCCCAUAGGGUGCCAGAGACCCCUCCCAACACACUAUAUGGUGCCCUCCCACCCUCUGGGCUGCCAUCUCUGCUUCACAGUGUGCUGCUCCCCCUUCUGCCACCCCCUAGGGAGCCAAGGACCCCUCCCCACACCUUUCAGGGUGCCCUCCCUGCCCCACAGGGUGUUAACCCCUCCAUAGGGUGCCUCCCCCUGCCCCAUAGGGAGCCAAGGACCCCUCCCCACACCUUUUAGGGUGCCCCCCCACCCCAUAGGGUGCCCUCCGCAGGUUCUCCCCCUCACCCCACACCCCAGCCAUGCUGCUCCUCCUGGCCCUCAGCACCCUGUGGGCCAGCGGGGGGGCCCCCCCUGCCCCCACCCAGCCCCAUGCCAUCCGCCUGGAGGGGGACCUGACCCUGGGGGGGCUGUUCCCGGUGCACUCCCGGGGGCCGGCUGGCGUUCCCUGCGGAGCCGUCAAGAAGGAGAAGGGGAUCCACCGGCUGGAGGCCAUGCUCUACGCCCUGGACCGCGUCAACGGGGACCCCCGGGUGCUGCCCAACCUCACCCUGGGGGCACGGAUCCUGGACACCUGCUCCCGGGACACCUAUGCCCUGGAGCAGGCCCUCAGCUUCGUCCGCAGCCUCCUGCCCCCCGAGGGCGAGGGACAGUGUCCCGACGGGUCCCAGCCCCGGCGCCCACCCCCCGAGCGCCUGGUGGGCGUCAUCGGGGCCUCCGCCAGCUCCGUCUCCAUCAUGGUGGCCAACGUCCUGCGGCUCUUCGCUAUCCCACAGAUCAGCUACGCCUCCACGGCCCCCGAGCUGUCGGACCCCGGGCGGUAUGAGUUCUUCUCGCGGGUGGUGCCCCCCGACUCGUACCAGGCACAGGCCAUGGUGGCCGUGGUGCGAGCCCUGGGCUGGAGCUACGUGUCCACCCUGGCCUCCGAGGGCAACUACGGCGAGAGCGGCGUGGAGGCCUUUGUCCAGAGCUCCCGGGAGGCUGGGGGCCUGUGCAUCGCCCAGUCCAUCAAGAUCCCGCGGGAGCCGCGGCCGGGGGAGUUCGCCAAGGUCAUCGGGCGCCUGAUGGAGACGUCGACUGCCCGCGGCGUCGUGCUGUUCGCCAACGAGGAUGACAUCCGGCGUGUGCUGGAGGCGGCGACCCUGGCCAACCUCUCGGGUCACUUCUCCUGGGUGGGCUCUGACAGCUGGGGGGCCAAGAUGGCGCCAGUGGCCGGGCUGGAGGAGGUGGCUCUGGGUGCCAUCACCAUCCUCCCCAAACGCGCCUCUGUGCCCGGCUUUGACGAGUACUUCACCUCCCGCUCCCUGGAGAACAACCGCCGCAACCUCUGGUUCCACGAGUUCUGGGAGGAGGAUUUCAAUUGCCGCCUGCCCCACGGCGUGACCCACGGCGAGACCCCUGGCGGGCCCGGCCCCGCCCCCCGCAAAUGCACAGGGCGGGAGCGGAUCGGCCGGGACUCGCCCUACGAGCAGGAGGGGAAGGUGCAGUUUGUGAUCGAUGCGGUGCUGGCCAUGGCCCACGGGCUGCACAGCCUCCUGGGGGAGGCCUGCCCAGGCGGGGGGCUCUGCCCCACCAUGGACCCCCCUGACGGCCGCCGCCUGCUCCAGCACAUCCGUCGGGUUGUCUUCAACGGCAGUGCAGGAACACCAGUGUCCUUCAACGAAAAUGGUGACGCCCCAGGACGCUACGACAUCUUCCAGUUCCAGGGGGGCAACGGCACCGGCGCGUACCGGGCCGUGGGGCAGUGGGUGCAGGGUUUGCAUCUGCAGGCUGAGGAGAUGCUGUGGGGCACCAACUCCACCACCCCGCCCCCCUCGGUCUGCAGCCUCCCAUGCGGCCCAGGAGAACGCAAGAAACCAGUCAAAGGUGUCCCCUGCUGCUGGCACUGCGAGCUCUGCGGCGGGUACCUGUACCGGGCUGACAUCCUCACCUGCCUGCCCUGCCCCUCCCACCUGCGCCCCACCCCCAAUCGCACCUCCUGCCGCCCCACCCCCAUCCUGCGCCUGCGCUGGGGGGACCCCUGGGCCGCCGUCCCCUUGUCCGUGGCCACCAUGGGCUUGUUGGUCACUGCCUUCAUCUUGGGGACCUUUGUCAAGCACCACGAGACGCCCAUCGUGAAGGCCUCAGGGCGGGAGUUGAGUUACGUCCUGUUGGCCGGCAUCGCCUUGGUUUACAUCAUCACCUUCAUCAUGGUGGCUGAGCCCGGGGUGGGCGUCUGCGCCCUCAGGAGACUCUUCUUGGGUCUGGGGAUGAGCCUCACCUACGCCGCGCUCCUCACCAAGACCAACCGCAUCUACAGGAUCUUUGAGCAGGGCAAACGCUCAGUGACUCCACCCCGUUUCAUCAGCCCCACCUCCCAACUCGUCAUCACCUUCUCCUUGAGUGGUCUCCAGCUCUUGGCUGCCGCCCUCUGGCUCAUCCUCCGCCCGCCCCACGCCCUCAUUGACUACGAGAUGGGCCGAACCCCCGACCCUGAGGAUGCCCGAGGUGUCCUCAGGUGUGACAUGGCCGAGGGUGGCACCUUGGCCUGCUUGGCCUACGCGCUUCUCCUCAUGUUGACCUGCACCGUCUACGCCGUCAAAGCCCGGGGGGUCCCCGAGACCUUCAAUGAGGCCAAACCCAUUGGGUUCGCCAUGUACACAACCUGUGUGGUCUGGUUGGCCUUUGGGCCCAUCUUCUUUGGAGCCGCCCAAUCAGCUGAGAGGGUGCACAUGCAGACAGCAACGCUCACGGUCUCCAUGAGCCUCUCAGCCUCUGUCCCCCUCGGCCUUCUCUACGCCCCGAAAGUCUACGUCAUCCUCCUGCACCCCGAGCGCAACCAGCCCAAGCGCCGCCCUGACCCGCCCCCGUAGGUGACUCCAGUGGCCCUGGGGGGGGAACCCACUCCCACCUCCCUCACAACCUCCCCCCCUUUACCCUGCACCCCCCACUGCUGCAGUAAUAAAG